AUGGACUUCUGGUUCAUAGCCGGCGGAAUUGCGGCCGAUAAACAAAAAGCCGCAACAGUUUUGGCAGCCCUAGAACCAAGUGUCAUUGCGCAGCUUAGCGAAUCAAUUUUUGCCAUGCCGUCCACGGACUGCUAUCCGUUUAUCAAAUCGAAAAUUCUAGAGCAUUUCACGGACAGUGAACAUCGGCGACUUAAUCGCUUGUUGUCCGAAAUGCCACUGGGGGACAAAAGGCCGUCCGAACUCUAUAGCGAGAUGAAGCGAGUAGCCGGAAACGUUAUUGGUGAAGCCGCGCUCAAAGGCUUAUGGACAAAACGCUUGCCCGAAGCCGCGCAAGCCAUGGUUGCAGCUUCCACCGGAACAGCAGCUGAGUUUACUCGCAUAGCAGAUACUAUUAUUGAUACCUUAGUUCCAUAUCAAGAUAAUGUGGUCUCUACCAGCCGUCAAGAUGAGAUUCACGAGCUCCGAACAGCAGUGGCGGAAUUGAGUAAAUCAUUCCAAAAGCUCACCUCACGUUUACGUCCUCGAAACCACAAAAAUGGGAACACCGCGCGAUCAAAUAGUCGAAGUUCACCGAGCAGCAGCGAUUUGUUUUGGUACCACAAAAAAUUCGUUAAAAACGCCCAAAAUUGUCGAAUUCUCUGUCGCCACAAACAGCGUGUCGUACAAGCGGUAUAG